CUCCCAGGUGGUCUGGAUCUUGUCCCUCUCCAGCAGGAAGUGUCUCCUCUCCUCCUGCUCUCGGUCCAGCUCCUCCCGGAGGCGGAUGAUGUGCUCCUCCAGCUGCAGGGCACAGAAAGAACCUGUAUCCAAGGAAAUAAGAGAUUCCAAGCCACAAAUUCUGCUGAUUAUGGAGAACGAUGGACAACACAGCAGCAAAUAAGAACCACAUACCCUGUCAGACGUGGGGGGGUCAGAAUGGCUGGUCCACAGCUUCGACUCAAGGACAACUCCUCAACCCACUGGCCAGCUCUCAGCAUCUCAGCUUGGGCUCGUCUUCUGAACAGAGACCCUCCUACGACCUCCUGCAGACGUCCAAUCAGAGCUGUAUGAGCAGCCUCAGCACCUUAUCAUCCACAAACAACCCUCACCACUCCGCCCUGUACAAAACCUCUCACAUUAGCAGCAAUCCAUCAUCCACCAUGUUAUUUGUCAACUCUGCUAUCCCGACUGUCGCUCCCCUUAUUUCCUUUGCUCAGCAAAGGCCUCAGACUUCAUCGGUGCUGCUAACAACAAACCAACAAAAACCUAUACCUCCACCACCUCUUCCCCUGCCGAACCAAGGACUGCAGACUUGUAGGCCCCAACAUUUACCACUUCUCGUACCCCACAACCCUUGCAAAGCGACAUUUCAACCUCCAUUAUCCAAUCAGGGUUUACCAAGUGGACUUCAGAAUCUGCCUGCGAGCCUGCCAUCAUGUGGACAGCAUGUUAACACAUCCCAGGCUGCUUUGGAAGGAGUGAAUGUGGAGUCAGCUGGUGUUGCUGGAUACGCUCACAGCUACGGCCCAUCUGCUUCUCAGGAGCAGCCACAGUGGAUACCUUCGUCACACUGCAGCGGAGCUGUGAACAAGUCUGUCCCUGAUGCAGCUGUUCAUCCGAACAAUGAACCAUCACAGGAGAACAUUACUCCACAGGCCAGCAACGAGAGACGGCGUUCAAUGCUUUUACAUCAGCGUGCACAACUACUUAAACAACUGGAAGAGAUGGAUAAACUUCUGGAAUCAAUACCUCCAGAUGACAGCAGUGAUGGACAGUCUCCUCACACAGCUAUUCAGUCACAGACACAGUCACAUCUGUCAGCAGAUUGUUCAUCACCUGCAUCUUAUGAUGGACACAGUGAGACCUGUGAUAUGCCAGAGGAUACAGCAGAAGAAUCAGAGAAAAAGGAAAAUGCCUCAUCUGAGUCAGAGGAUGAUGAUCCUGACUACUUACCUAACACUGACGGUGACCUCUCUGAUGUCCAAUCCGACACUGACGGGGGCUCUUCAGAUGAAUCUAGCAGUUCCUCGACCCCCACAGAUGAACCUUCUCUCCAAGAGAAAAAAAAGACUAAAUCAGGAGGUUCUCUGAGUAAGGACAAAGAUGUCGACCAUCCAAAAACGUCAUGUGCAACUAAUCAUGAGAAGUCCUCUGAAGCUGUAGUGUUGCCAACUUUAAAUUCGAAAGCACAUCGUGUUUACGACAAGAGGAAUUACUGUUUGUUUUGCUCUAAGCCACUAGCCAAAAUGGCACGGCAUUUUGAGACAGUUCACAGUGACAAAGCAGAGGUUGCAGUUGCAUUUCAGUAUCCCGUAUAUUCCAAAGAAAGACAAAAGAUAUGGAACAAACUAAUAAAUCAAGGAAACUUUGCACACAAUAAAGAUGUUCUGAGGACAGGGAAGGGACAACUUGUUGUCCGAAAAAGACCAAAACAAACUGGACAAGCCAAAGACUUUCUUCACUGUCUGUAUUGUCGAGGUCUUUAUCUGAAGAAAGCUUUGUACAGACACAUGAGACUGUGCCCAGAGAAAGAGAGGAAUGAAAAUGAUUCACAGUUUGGAAGAAAGCGAAUUGCAUCACGGUGCGCGCUUGAAACUGUAGGAGAUCUUGGCGUCAGUGAUGGUUUUAGAAGCGUUUUGUGCGAGAUGAUAUACGACGAUGUAACACAAACUGUCAUGGAGGACAAGGUCAUCUUGCAGUUUGGUGAGCAAAUGUAUAAUCAGCACGGAUCUGAUGUGAAGAAGCACGAUUAUAUAAGACAAAACCUUCGUCAGAUAGCAAGACUUGUGAUCGAAGCUCAAAAAUUAACCCCUCUGAAGAACCUGGAGGACUUCUUCUACCCCUCAAGCUUCAGACAUGUGGUGUCUGCGGUGAAAGUCCUGGCAGGCUACGACCCAGAAAACAAAACAUACAACUGUCCUUCACUUGCCCUCAAGCUUGGCUACCAUCUACAGAAGGCCUGUAACAUUGUUGAGGAUAACGCAAUGAAGGCUGGUGAUACAAGCAGGGCAGAGUCUGCGCGAAACUUCCUCUCUGUGUACCAGAAGAAAUGGAAUAUGCUAAUUUCUUCAGGUGCAUUAACAACUCUCAGAGAAACAAAAUUGACCACAGAAAAGAAGGUGCCAUUUGCUCAAGAUGUAAAGCGCCUUAAUUUCUACCUGGAGAAUGUUCAUGUUCUUGCUGCGAAAAAACUCGAAGAAAACCCCUCUACAGAAAACUAUGCCGCUCUGGCCAAGGUAAUACUUGCUCGGACAAUCAUUUUCAACAGAAGAAGACCUGGACAGGUAUCAGCGAUUCAGUUAACAACUUUCAUGUCACUGCAAAAGUCGAACGUGCUCGAUUACAUGGACGAAUCCAUCUCAGAUUUGGAAAGAACCUUGUGUGGGUUCUUCCCUAGACUUGACAUACGAGGGAACUGUGGGAGAAUGGUCCCUGUCAUACUAAAACCCUCGUUUGUGUCCGCUUUGGAGCUUCUCGUAAAGAUUCGCGAGACGUGCGGAGUCCCCAGUAAGAACCCCUUUCUCUUUGGCCGACCAAGUGCGCUGUCUGCCUACAGAGGGUCAGAGUGCAUCCAACAAUUUGUCAGAGAAUGUGGAGCAAAAAACCCUGAAGCACUGACAUCGAGAAAGAUCCGGAUGCAUUAUGCAACAAUGCUGCAGCUGAUGAACCUGGAUGAAGAUGAGGCCGACCGAAUUUUAGGCCCCAAUAAUCAAGUCCGAACUCUGCGGCAGAGUAGCGACGUGCAGCUGGACGAUGUCGAAAUGGACACUGAAGCGACAUUACAGCCUGAAAUAGGACAACAAACUGCAACAUGGGAUCACACUGAGCACUCGGGUGCAUGCUAUGAACCAACAGAUUUCUAUCAUCAACAAACACAUGGAGUAACAACAGGCGUCUACAUAACUGCACCUCCAAAAUCUGUCAACUCCGGCAACAGAGGGUCUCAGUACAAGGGCAAACAUAAAUGGGAGGAAGCAGAGGUUCGCGCUGUUGAAAGACACAUGAUGCGUUUCAUUCAAGGACACAAAGUGCCUCAGAAAAACGACUGCAUUCAGUGUCUUGAGGCUGAGCCGAAAGCACUGAGAACCCGUUCGUGGAAAGGUGUAAAGGACUACGUCAGAAACAGGAUCACUGCCUUGAAAAGACAAAGUGGCACUUCCCAGGCUUCAUCCACAAACCAUGACACACCAGGACAAGAGGAAACACAGCAGAGUGUCGGACAUUUUCAGCAGUUGUAGAUGUGAUAGUUUAUUGAUGGCAAAACCUUUGUUGAGCAACUUUUCGCUCCUCUAUUUUCUUACUCUCUCCCUCCCUUUCAUUUUCUGAGCAGUCUCCAUCUCUUAUGCAGCAUUGUUAGCAUUCCCAUCCAUUACAGUGGCUGACAAUAAAUUCAUUCAAUUCAAUCAAUUUUAUUUUUUUGGUUUAUGGUUUACAGUUGCUCCCAGUCAUCACUCUAUGUGAUUACAGGAUGUCUCUCUGUGUGAUCUUUAUUCCAUUUUAAUUUUAUUAAGUUCAUUUGCACAGAGACAGUUCAUAAACACUGACAAAAGAAGUGUUAUAUGUUCAGCUGAUGGAUAAUGUUUUGAGUUUUUGGAGCUGUAAGUUUGCCUUUUGUAACCAAGUUAUUUGGUAUACUAGUAUACAGCACUUUGUUUGACUUUGUAUAACAGUUUACCAGUAAUAAAGUACAAAGAAUAUUUGUUAACAAAGGGUAAACUGUAUUCCACACAUAAAAUGAUGGUUUUCACUCA